GGGCCGGUUUGAUGACUCGGUAAUUCGACAGAGAGAGCUCUGGGCUGUUUGUCUUCCGUGAGCAGAUUGGGAUACGGAGUUUGAGUUGGUCAGAUUUUUUUUUCCUCCUCCUCGUCCCAACCUUACGGCAGACUGUGUCGGGUUUUAUUUCUCAAUCUGAAAGAUGAUUCUGGACAGAGGCAGCGAGAACAGCAGCGACCCGGAGAGCUGUGUGAUGUCCAGUCCCAUGAACCUGGGUUACUUUUACCAGAGCUCUCCCGCGGUCAGCGAGCCGCGCUCUCCACCUACACCCACAUCGCCGGAGUCAGACUCCGACAAUCAAAGCGGAGCUCACUCAGAGAAAGGCUUUGGGAGCGUUCAGUCCACAGUCUACUCUGAUACACGAAGAUCUCAGAGGCGACCCUUCCAGGGAGUUCGAGUGAAGAAUCCGGUUAAGGAGCUUCUUAACCACUUCAGGAGCUCCCGCAAAUGCAAUAGUGUGGAACAGUAUCAGCCCCAGUUGAAUUCAACAGAAGAACAGUUUUCACAAAUAAGAAGUCUCCUGAGUGGGGUGAAAAGGUCAGCUGUGGAGAACCUGUCUGAUGCACCUCCUUAUAAACAAUCACCUGUGCAGUCAUCACCUUAUUUGCUGACUCCGCCCCAGACACCAAAUUCUGUUGACAUUUCGGAUGGCGGCCACAAAACCGAAACAAGUAAUGAUGUAAAUCCAGAUGCUCUUCAAGACAUUAUCAAAAUGUUGCAAAAUGACACCCAACCGAUCUCCCUGAAUACAGUCCAGGUCAGUUGGGCCAAUGUUGCCAAGAAUGAUCAGGUUUUUCAGGCGAACAGUUAUAUACCGGAACUGCAACAGAACGAACUUUCUCCUGGACAAUGCCAAGACCUGCAACAAUUCCAUGUCCAUAGCCCACCUCAAGUCACCAGGCAACAUGAAGGGUUUCAGCCAUUUCACAGUGUUGACCAAUCUUCAAACUUCCAGCCAGUGCUGCCAAAUGGAUCACUUGCAGACACUCAGCAGGUGUCCAAUGAAUUUGCGCAAUUGAUGUUCAGCUAUUCCGAGCAUCCUAAUCCUCCUCUAUCUGAGGGUUACCCAAUUCCUCAAGGCCAACCUAUGGGUAGUCAACCAUCCUCUGAAUUUUAUAUUCCAGGUUGCAGGUCUCUGCAACCAACCAUUCAAGAAGAUAUUUCUCAUCCUGCAUCCCUGUACUAUGCGUCACAAUCUCAAGGCAAGUCUUUCUUUCAAUGGCAAAUUGAGCAAGAGGAGAAGAAAUUGUCCCACCUUACUCAAGAACAAUUCCUUUCCAAAGACUCUGAUGGUGACACAUUACUACACAUUGCUGUAGCACAGGGCAGACGAGCUCUUGCAUAUGUUCUUGGGAAGAAGAUGGCAGCAAUUAACAUGAUGGAUAUUAAAGAACACAAUGGCCAGAGUGCUUUGCAGGUAGCUGUUGCUGCCAACCAGCACCUGAUUGUUGAAGAUCUAGUCAGCCUUGGGGCACAAGUGAAUACUUCAGACCGCUGGGGCAGAACACCACUGCAUGUGGUUGCAGAAAAAGGUUUUGUUCAAGUGCUUAUGGCCAUUGAAAAGGGGAUGGCAAGAAAUUGUCAUCAUCUCAACCUUGAAGUUACAAACUUUGAUGGUAUGACUGCUCUGCAUUGUGCUGUCCAAACCCAGAACCGUGUGCUGCGUGAGCUGCAGAACAAAAUUCAUCAGCGUCUAUCUGUUGAAGUGCAGGAACUGUCCAUCCAAAACAAGAACUUGUUGGAAACAAUUAAAAUGCUUUUGCAGAUGGGGGCAUCUAUUGAAACGCGGGAUCGGAAGAGUGGUCGUACAGCUCUGCACUUGGCUGCUGAGGAAGCAAAUGUCGACAUCCUUCGUUUCUUUCUUGACCAACCAACCAGCCUUAACGUUGUAAAUACUAAGGCAUAUAAUGGUAACACCGCUCUUCAUGUCGCAGCUGGCAUGCAAGACAGAGUUAGUCAGGUAGACGCUGUCCGGCUGCUGAUGAGAAAGGGAGCUGAUCCUAGUGCCAGAAACCUGGAGAAUGAACAACCAGUGCAUCUGGUGCCCGAUGGUGCAAGAGGAGAAGAGGUUAAACGCAUUUUGAAGGGUAAAGCUGUCCAGUCAAGAAUGCCUCUCUUCUGACUACUUGUUUUUACCUGUGACCCACUGUCAGUUAGGCAGUCCUAAUAGAUUUGUACAGAGAAAUUUGCUAACUUGUGGCAAAUACCUGUUGUUUCUUUUAUAGAAACUUUCAUUGUUGACUACUGUGUAGUAUUUAGUUAAAAAUAAUGGUAGUAUUAGCCUGUGCCUUCAGUUCUGUGCACAUUAUUCAAUUUGUGUGGAAAAAUUGAAGGGCUUCAGCUACUUUUUAGAAUGUUUUUUUUUCCUUUUAUAUAUGGUCCAGAUAAUCACAGCAACCAUGUCGAUGUGAUCGAGUACAUGUGUCUACUUAAAUUUUAAGAACAGCUUCAGUAUCUUAAAUAUAAUACAUGAUUUUCUUAUCCUGAACCAAAUGUAUAAUUUAGGUAUGAUGUGCAACACCAAAGCUCUUCUGAGUUUAACCUUUUGGGUUUGCUGCUGUAAAAGGGAUGUGAAAGCUUAGAACAAUCUUUAUGCCAAACAUUUUUCUUUUGUUUAUUGACUUAUUGAACACAUCUUUAGUAUUAAUGCAUCUUUUAAAGAUGUUUUUGAAGGAAGUGUCCAGAAGAAGCUAUAAAUCUGAUUUAAUUGAAUCCCUUUCACCUUUCAGUUUCUUUUUCAGUGCAGACUCGGGUAUCUGACAAGAGCUUUCUUAUCUACUCUGUGAUGCAUGAAUUUCUAUCAAAAGAACAAUACCUUUGCAAAUGAUUUUGGCAUUCUGCUUGCCAAGUGAAUAUACUUGGCUUUUGUGAGCCCUUUUAAUGUGAGGGCUUUGCUUGUACUUGUACCAGAUCCAUUAACAAGGGUAUUUGCAUUGCACAUUUUGAGGAUUAGGUGCAAAAAUGGAUCCAAUAAAUAUUUUGAAAGUAACACGAGAAAGAGCUGCACAUUGGAAGUGGUUAGGUAAAAGUACAACAUAAUGUACAGAAAGUUGAAGGCAGUCAGCUGAGGAAAUUAUAAUCCAUGAAGGGAUAUUUUACAGGAGAUUAAUAUAAAUUAAUUGUUAUGGGUUUGGAACAGUACAAAUUAGUAUGAGUGCCAGUGCCCGAUUCCUGAGUUAACUGGAUGUGUAAGUGUUUUUAUAUAAUUUGAUAUCUGUUUCUGUCGGCAGGUAUAUAAUUGUUAUUCUCACCAAUAAAGGAAACUGUUCUCAAUCACAUUUGUAAAUUGUGCUGAAUUUAAGGAAGAAUGUCCUUAAUACUUCACUAUAAUUGUCAAAAUAAUUAUUGUAUGCAUGUAAUUGAUUUAUAUAACUGAUUUAAGCUUAGAAAAGUCAUUAUAAUUUUGCACUUAUGUAGUAGUGUUUUAGUCAAAAUACAUGUUGACUUGUGAACUAUUUAGCCUUAAAAAGCUAAGAGUGCAACUAUUUAGAACGUAGUUUGUACAAUUAUGGUCUUUUAUUAAAGUAUGUCUUGUAGACAA